AUGAAGGGCUUCGUUCCCUCCCAGAGCUUUCGAUCCCACCGCAUGCUCCUGCCCAGCGGCUCGCUCUUCUUCCUGCGUAUCGUACACGGCCGUCGCAGCAAACCCGACGAAGGCUCCUACGUUUGCGUGGCCCGUAACUACCUGGGAGAAGCAGUCAGCCACAACGCCUCACUGGAAGUAGCUAUUCUUCGAGAUGAUUUCAGACAGAACCCUGUGGACGUGAUGGUGGCGGCAGGCGAGCCAGCGGUCAUGGAGUGCCAGCCGCCCCGCGGACACCCAGAACCCACCAUCUCCUGGAAGAAAGAUGGAGUGACCAUAGACGACAGAGAUGAGAGGAUAACGGUAAGGAUAUCUGACAAGAGGCCCAGUUUUUUGCGAAAGCCGAGCAGUCAGUCUGUUCUGGUGGACCAGAGUGUGGAGUUCAGAUGUGAGGCUCAAGGGGAUCCCGUGCCCACCAUCCGCUGGAGGAAAGAGGACGGAGAUCUUCCCAAGGGAAGGCAUGAGAUCUGGGAGGACCACACACUCAAACUGAAGAGACUGACUUCAGGAGACGCCGGUACUUACACCUGUCAGGCGGAGAACAUGAUGGGGAAGACGGAGGCCAGCGCCACCCUCACCGUCCACGUUAUGUCUGUUCCUCCUGUGUUUGUGGUGCGACCCAGGAAUCAAGUGGUCAGUAUGGGUCGCACCGUGACCUUUCAAUGCGAAGCCACAGGAAGUCCUCAGCCUGCCAUUUUUUGGCAGAAAGAAGGCAGUCAGAACCUUCUGUUUUCUUCUCAACCUCCUCCACCUUCCAGUCGAUUCUCUGUCUCUCAGACGGGCGAUCUGACCAUCACAGCAGUGGAGCGUUCAGACGGAGGCUACUACAGCUGUCAGGCUUUGAACAUCGCUGGCAGUGUGAUCACCAAAGCCCUGCUGGAGGUUACAGACGUGAUCUCAGACAGACCUCCACCCGUCGUCCGCCAGGGUCCCACCAACCAGACCGUGGCUGUGGACGGGACGGUGGUCCUGGGAUGCCAAGCCACCGGCACGCCGACUCCUACCAUCCUGUGGAGGAAAGACGGUGUCCUGGUGUCCACCCACGACUCUCGCCUCAAACAGCUGGACACGGGAGCCCUGCAGAUCCGUUACGCUAAGCUGGGAGACACUGGCAUGUACACCUGCACCGCGUCCACCCCCAGCGGAGAGGCGUCCUGGAAAGCUUACCUGGAGGUGCAAGAGUUUGGUGCUCCGGCUCAGCCGGGUCGACCCACAGAUCCCAACCUCAUCCCCAGCGCCCCCUUCAAACCAGAGGUCACGGAUGUCAGCCGCACCUCUGUGUCUCUGUCCUGGAAGCCCAACCUGAACUCUGGAGCCACGCCCACCUCUUACGUCAUAGAAGCCUUCAGCCAUGCGGCGGGCAGCAGCUGGCAGACGCUGGCGGAUCACGUGAAGACGGAGAGCUUCGUCCUAAAGGGUCUGAAGCCCAGUGCCAUCUACCUGUUCCUGGUGAGAGCGGCUAAUGCGUACGGCCUGAGUGACCCGAGCCCCAUCAGCGACGCUGUCAAAACACAAGACGUCCCACCAACCAGUCAGGGAGUGGACCACGGGCAGAUCCAGAGGGAGCUGGGAGAUGUUGUCAUUCACCUCCACAAUCCCACAAUUCUCUCCUCGUCAUCUGUCAGAGUCCAGUGGACUGUUGAGCAGCAGUCUCAGUACAUUCAGGGCUAUAAGGUGAUGUACCGGCCGUCCCCAGAGGGCGCUCAGCAACGGGUGGAAUGGGCCAUGUUUGAGGUUCGAACCCUGGGGGAGAACAGCGCAGUCGUCACCCAGCUCAAGAAGGGCGUGACCUAUGAGUUCAAAGUCCGACCUUUCUUCAAUGAGUUCCAAGGCACCGACAGCGACAUCAAAGUGGGCAAGACCCUGGAGGAAGCGCCCAGCGCCGCUCCCAGGGGGGUCACCGUAACGGGAAGCGGAGACAACAGCACAGCUAUUCUGGUAUCCUGGCAACCGCCCCCAGAGGAGGAGCAGAACGGCGUGGUGCAGGAGUAUAAGAUCUGGUGUCUUGGUAAUGAAAGCCGAUACCACAUUAACCGCACAGUGGAUGGAUCCACACACUCGGUUUUGAUUCCCGGCCUGGUUGCAGGGGUCACGUACAGGGUGGAGGUGGCAGCCAGCACAGGGGCCGGUCCCGGGGUGAAGAGCGAGGCUACAUCCUUCCAGCUGGACUCGUCAGGCCGUGUUCUUCCGCCGCCGCUGGACGAUGACAAUACGAUUUCCCAGCAGAUCUCAGACGUGGUGCGUCAGCCGGCCUUCAUCGCGGGCAUCGGCGCGGCCUGCUGGAUCAUCCUCAUGGUCUUCAGCAUCUGGCUGUACCGCCACCGUAAGAAGAGGAACGGCCUCAGCAGCAGCUACGCCGGCAUCCGCAAAGUGCCCUCCUUCACCUUCACCCCCACAGUGGCCUAUCAGAGAGGAGGAGAAGCUGUCAGCAGUGCUGGAAGGCCAGGUUUGUUGAAUAUAGGUGAACCAGCUACCCAGCCCUGGCUCGCGGACACAUGGCCGAACAGCUGCUCCAAUCACAAUGACUGCACCAUCAACUGCUGCACCGGCAGCAAUGGAAACAGCGACAGCAACCUGGCCACCUACAGCCGCCCAGCCGACUGCAUCGCCAACUACAGCAACCAGAUGGACAACAAGGCCAGCAAGCUGCUGGCUCCCGACACGGGCCUUUACAGCGACGUGGACCUUUCCAACAAGAUCAACGAGAUGAAGACCUUCAACAGCCCCAACCUAAAGGAUGGCCGUUUCUUGGGGCCUGGCGGUCAGCCUACGCCCUACGCCACCACCCAGCUCAUCCAGUCCAGCCUGGCCAACAACAACGUGAACAGCAGCAGCGGCGGAAGUGGAGGAGGAAGUGCCGACCUCAACGAGAAGCAGAGCUGGAAGAGCAGUCAAGGAACACCUCAAAAACAGGCCGACAUCAACACGCCACUGCAGUAUAACGUCAUGGAACAGAACAAACUGAAUAAGGACCGCUAUCGAGGUGAGGGGCCCAUCUCAGGCACCAUCCCCUAUAACCAGGCCCAGGACGCCCUUACAGGAGGAACCUACAGCAGCUCUGACAGAGGGAGCAGCACCUCUGGAAGUCAAGGACAGAAAAAAGGUGGGCGAACAACUAAACAGGCCAAACAGAACACAAUGAAUUGGACCGAACUGUUGCCUCCUCCGGUUAAUCCACCACCAUGUCAGGAAUACACCCUCGCGAUGGACGACAGUUAUGACACAGACCUGCAGUGCCCUUUGCCGCCGUCGCGUAUGUAUCUGCAACCUGACGAGCUAGAAGAGGAGGAGGAAGUGGUGGAGCUGGAGCGUGGACCUACGCCGCCCAUACGGGGAGCUGCUUCCUCACCUGCUGCUGUGUCCUACAGUCACCAGUCCACCGCGACCCUCACCCCGUCCCCUCAGGAGGAGAUGCAGCCCAUGCUACAUGAUAACCCUGACCUACACGAGCGCAGGCGACUCUUGGUGAGCCCACCCCCUCCACCAAACCCCUUCUCCCCUCCGCACACGUACGGCUACAUAUCCAGCCCCCUGGGUCUGGACACGGACGGCCUGGAGGAAGAAGAGGAUGAGGAAGAGGGUGACGAGACGGAUGCGGAGGUGGCUCGAGUCCACCAGCUCCACACCCACCCUCACCAGCAGCACUUGCCCCAGCAGAGGGCUCUCCUGCGGAGCCUGGAACAGACCCCGGCCUCCAGCACCUGUGACCUGGAGAGCUCUGUCACCGGGUCUAUGAUCAACGGCUGGGGCUCAGCUUCAGAGGAGGACAACGCCUCAUCGGGUCGUUCCAGCGCCGUCAGCUCAUCGGAUGGAUCUUUCUUUACCGAUGCUGAUUUCGCCCAGGCUGUAGCAGCUGCGGCCGAAUAUGCUGGUUUACGGGUGGCAAAGCAUCCUGGGAAAGGCCACCAUCAGCUUCCAGUGUCUGGAGCACGGAAAUACCAAAACCUCCCUGUGGGACACCGUCCAGGCAGCCCAGUGUCCACAGACAGUAAUGUUAGCGCAGCCCCGGGUCAGAGGAGGCCUCUAAAGAGGCAAAAACAACAUCCAGCUGCUCAGACAGGCUAUCAGCGCCGAGAGGCCUACUCAGAGGAUCUUCCCCCUCCUCCGAUUCCUCCUCCAGCCAUGCUGAAGUCUCCAACACACCCGGCCAAAACCAUCCCAGAGGGCCCACGGGGGGCCAUGUCGCCCAGAUCCAGUUCUGCUGAUGGCAAGGACAAGCGAACGGGUUCGGGCGGACCCAGACCCCGGGAUGGCUCGGACACUCGGACCAGCUCUUCAGAACGGCGGGAGGGCCAGGAUGUAAAGAAGGGUCAGAGAACGGGGAAAAGCAACAAACAAGAUGCCGGUGCAGGCCAUAAGAGCCGCCAGCACCCAGGCUCAGAGGACAUCCUACCUUAUAGUCGCCCAUCUUUCCCAGGCGUCCACAGUCCUCGUGGAGAAAGGGACCCCAGCUCCUCCAGUUCACUGUCCUCUCGAGGAUCCGGUGGACGGCGGAGAGGUGAAGGGGCUCGCAGAAACCCUGCAGAUUUUGGGCUGAACACCAUAGGAGCCUUCCAGACAGGAGGGGAGGAGCUUGAGAUGGUGGAGAGCUGAAGAUAAAAAUACGGCUGUCAAAUGUUCCUCAGCAACCAUCUUCAGCACAGUCUGACCAUCUCGGCGGUAUCUUUUACUGAAAACUACCGACAUAGAGUCACGUUUGGAAAACUGACCAACCAUUCUUCAUUUAUUUACCUUCAUUUUCGAUUGUGCAUUUAAAGAAGAAAAGACAGAAGAAAAAAGCAAGAAAAACAAAGGGUGCAUUUGAGAGGGGCUAAUGCAAUUUUGUUUUGAUUCCAAUGCAAUAUGACGUGUCCGUUAGCUCCUGAAACUGAUUAUGGCUUUGUUCACCUUGGCGAGAAGGUUGUCAGUCAGCUGUUACUGUAAUGAAACUCCAGGC